UGUCAGGACUGGGCUCUUCAGCCCUAGUUUACAUUCCAGGGCCUGGGUUUUUCCCAUAUUCAAACAAACACACGGGGCACUCUUUAAAAGAAGAAAUGAACUGCAGGAGCAUGUACAGCUUCCUGUCGUGUUCUUGUGAAAGCAGCUUGGCAUUUUCUCUGAGGUUCUUCUUGUAAGCAGAAGCCCUCCAAGAAGGGAAGCGACAUUGCUGGCUGCUCCCAUUCACUGCAGGACAUGUAUUCAUAAGCAAAGCUGGAAAGGCCCCAAAAGAUAUACUGGAUUAUUACAUCCACCAUGAUCCUGAAAAGAGCAACCUGGGUUUCCAUCAUCUUCUGCCUUGGGGCCUCACAGCACUUGAAAGGACAUAGCUGGGACCAGGCAACAGCUGGCCCCAUUUUCCAAAAUGAGCCAUUUGUUGUGGUAUGGAACUUGCCUACAGCAAGAUGUGAAGAAUGUUUUGGGAUUGUUCUACCUCUUGGAGAUUAUGGUAUUGUUGAGAAUAAAGGCAAUGAAUUCCGUGGUCAAAAUAUGACUAUAUUUUACAAAAACAAGUUUGGACUCUAUCCCUACAUCACAUCUGAGGGUGAAUGGCAUAAUGGUGGAAUACCUCAGAAAGCAGACUUGAAGGAACACCUAGAGAGGGCUUCAAAAGAAAUUGCAGAACUUUUGCACCCUAAUUUCCAAGGCCUGGCUGUGGUUGACUGGGAGGAGUGGCGGCCUCUCUGGAGACAGAACUGGGGGCCCAAGACUGUGUACAAGGAGGCCUCUGAACAAUGGGUGCAGCAAAGAUUCCCAGAUCUGCCUGCUAAGAAACUAUCUUACUUGGCAGAGAAAGAGUUUGAACAGGCUGCUAAAGUGUUCAUGGAUAGAACGCUAACUAUGGGGAAGGAGCUGAGGCCACAGGGGCUCUGGGGCUUCUACCGAUUCCCUGAGUGCUUCAAUCACAAUUGGGAGAAAGAAAAGGACUACUCUGGCCAUUGUCACCCCAAGGCGGUUCAGCAGAACAAUCGACUCCACUGGCUCUGGGAAGUUUCCUCAGCCCUCUUUCCCAGCAUCUAUCUCCCCCCAAAGCUCCCAUUAUCUAAACACCAGCGCUAUGUUCACUACCGCCUAAGAGAGGCUUUCCGAGUGGCACAGUCUGGCUCAAAGCCACCCAUACCUGUGAUCGCAUAUUCCAGAGUCUCCUACAGACACUCCCCAAGGUACCUUGCCAAGACUGACCUGGUAUACACCAUUGGAGAGAGUGCAGCACUUGGAACUGCUGGGGUUGCACUUUGGGGUGACCUCUCCUAUUCCCAUUCACCUGAGAGCUGCAAGAGCCUUCGCCAUUACAUUGUGACCACACUAGGGCCAUAUGUAGUCAAUGUGACCAUAGCUGCUCGGACAUGCAGCCACCAGUUGUGCCAUGGGAAUGGACGUUGUGUGAGGCAGAACCCUGAUGACCUGGGAGCUUUCCUUCACCUCAGUCCACAUCAUUGGGAAGGGGAACCCACUGUGACAGACUUUCUGGAUCAAGAAGUUUCAGCAUGGGAGCAUUUCCAGUGUCACUGCUAUCCUGAAUGGACUGGUACCUGGUGUGAGAGGCCACAGUGGAUAGAUGCCAUCAAUGGAGUGGAGUUCAACCUAGCCUCACAAUAUCAUGAUAUCUGUGAUACAGCUCAUGACAACCGUGUUGAUGUGAAGUCAGAUGUCUGUCCUCCCUCCAUUUAUAAUGAAAAGGCAGAGUUCAGAUAACUAUCUAUGCAAGUCUAGCUGU